AUGUUCGAUGCCAGAAUCUGGUCAAUGUACGCCCCACCCCUUUCCAUCCCUGACUACCUUAAGCGAACACAAAACUAACACCCAAAAGGACCCUCCUCUUCUUCUGCGCAGACAUGUCCGCCGGGUCCCUCUCCGCUUUCAACCCAACAAUUCUCUCACAACUAGGCUGGACCUCCCACCGAGCCCAAGUAAUGACCAUCCCUGUCUGGAUCAUCGGCAUAGUGGGCGGCCUCCUAACCUCCCUCCUCUCGGGACGAACCAACAAACGCUGGCCAUUCAUCCUCCCCGCCAUCCUCAUCUCCUUGCUCGGCUGGAUAAUCCACUACCUCCAUCUCUCGCCCCCCUCCAUCCGCUACUUCGCGCAAUUCCUCAUCUCGUUCGGGACCUUCGUGCAAAUGCCCAUAUAUAGGGUUGCUCACCGCGAAUCUGAGGGGGCGGGCGUAUCAAAGUCUGGGCACGGCUUUACAGCUGGGCAUUGGGAAUUGUGCGAAUUUUGUGAGCUCGAAUGUUUUUAUUAA